AUGCCGACCCCGGACAAGCCAGAGAACGUUCGCAUCCCGACGGUCAUUGACGAGCCCCCUGUCGACCCAGCUGCACAGCAGCCGAGGGUUGUGCCAGAGCAGGUUCCAGCUGAACCUCGGAACGUAUACAUUCGCAGGAACGUGGAGCUGGCCAAGUACGGUUUCACAGACGGGUGCCCGGGCUGCCUCGCGGCUCGCACCAACGCAUCAGCCAAGGCCCGCAGCUCGGAGUGCCGUGAGCGCAUCCAGCAGGCCAUGGCGAACGACCCGGAGCUUGCUCCCCGAGUCUUUGGAGCGGCGGCUCGCCAGCUGGAGGCUGCUGACAGGGCGCCUGCGCGCCAGGAGGGCGCGAGCUCUGGGGCACUGCCUCAAGCAGCCAGCCCGGCUGAGCCGCCGAUGGAGAUCGAGCGACCUGGCCGACGAGCUGCUGAGCGUCGAGGCUCGCCCGCGGAGUUGCCGCAGGCAUCGAGGCGCCGCCUCGCGGUGCCAGGCGGUCCAGCACCCCUCGCGCCAGCGAUCAGCGGCGAGCAGCCGAGGACGCCCGCGCAGGCGCCAGCCACGCCUCAGGCGCAGGCUGCAGGGCCGAGCGGGCUCCUCCAGGCGCCGCCUGGAGCUGGGGACCCCAUGGACGCGGACUCCCUGGAGCUCUGCGCGCUGCUGGCGGCUUUCGGCGACUGGAGGGUGGCCGUCAGCGAGCUCUACGGACCAGGACGGCUCACGUCUCGGUCGAGUGCGUUCGACCCCGAGCCCGGCACAGCCUACGACAUCAGGACCGGCUACGACUUCAGCCAGGAGGGCGACAGGCAGCGGGCGCAGGCCACCAUCGAGCUGGAGCAGCCACUGCUGAUCACUGGCAGCCCGAUGCGUGCGCCGUGGUCGAACCUGCAGGCCCUCAACGUCAUCCAUGGUGUGGACGUCAACGCCAUCAUGGAGCGAGGCGUUGUCCACCUGGUCUUCUGUGCCGAGCGCUACAAAGAGCAGAUCAAGGCUGGCCGCCUCUUCUUGCACGAGCAGCCAGCAUCAUCGAGGAGUUGGCGUCUCUGGAUGAUCCGAGAGAUCGCCGAGAUGCCAGGAGUACACUACGUAGAGUGCGAUCAAUGUGCGUAUGGGUUGUGGUGCACCGAUGCUGUCGGCCCGGCGCUGGUCAAGAAGCCCACGGGAUGGUUGACCAACUCCGCUGAGAUAGCCCGAGAGCUGACGCGUCGGUGUCCUGGGUGUGCUAGGCAUUGCCAGACGGUCGGCCUAGGUCGGCGUGGCAUGCGCAUCAUCGAGCGGUACCCACCGAAGUUUGUAGCUGCGGUGCUGCGUGGGCUGCGUCGUGAGGCGAUCGCCCGCGGCCAGCUGGGUGCGCUGGAGGCCGGGCCGCACCUGGACGAGCCACCGAUCUGGGACGCCUACCCCGAGUACUACACGGAGAUCGUCGACAACAUCAGCGGGGCCGCUCUGGACCCCGAGCUCGUGGCAGCUGGCCGCAAGGAGGAGAUGGAGUUCCUCCGCGGUCUGGGCGCGGAGGUGGUCUGCCUGAACCGCGUCUUCCGCUGGACCUCGAGAGGCGAUGUGGAGCUCGAGGCUGACUCCCGCCACGCGUUCAUCAUGAUGCAGCAGCUGAACCUCUGGCGCGGGUCAAAGGCCCUCUCGACGCCAGGAGUAAAGGCCAAGAGCGUGGACCGUGGCAGGGUCCUGGAGGGCGAGGAGGCGACUCGCUACCGCAGCCUAGUCAUGCGAGCCAGCUAUCUCAGCGAGGACCGCCCGGACAUCAAGUACGCAGUCAAGGAAGCAGCGAAGUACAUGCACGAGCCGUGCGAGCACGGCAUGGAGCUAGUCAAGAGGAUUGCCAGGUAUCUCCUGGGUGUGCUCAAGGGCUUCUCGGACAGCGACUUCGCCGGCUGCCUGGAGACCAGGAAGAGUACGAGCUGCGGAGUCUUCCAGCUGGGAGAUCACAUGAUUCGGGUCUUCAGUGCGACCCAAGGCAGUGAGGCUCUCAGCUCAGGUGAGGCCGAGUGGUACGCUUUAGUGCACACUGCGUCCUGCGGGAUCGGCCUGGUCUCGUUGGCGCGCGACAUGGGAUACGAGCUGGAGCUAUGUUUGGCUGGCGACGCUACGGCCGCCAGUGGGAUCGCGCACCGCCGAGGGGCAGGGCGCAUCCGACACAUCGAGACAAAUACUCUCUGGCUCCAGCGUCAUGUAACCGAGCGUCGAGUCAUCCUUUCCAAGACGCUCGGUAAAGUCAAUGUGGCAGAUCUCGGCACGAAGCAUCUGGCGCAAAAUGAGCUGGAUGAGAUGCUGGGACUGCUGGGAUUUUUCGUGGCUGCGGGCAAGUCUGACCUCUCUCUCGCGGUCGCAGGCAACUUGCUUGAGCCUGACCCAGCUUGCGAGCCCGAGGGCAAAGAAGAGGUGCAGGCGUGA